AAAAUUAGUAUAAAUUAGUAUAUCAGUAUAGUAGUAUAUAGUAAAAUUCGCACCUUGCUUAAAAAAGACUACUUCCUCUUUUCAAAUCCUUAAUUCUAAGGCAGUGUUUAGUGAAGUGAAAAUAAACAUAUAUAUGAAAUAGGCUAGUUUUACAAAAAACUAUUUGCAUAAAACCUGUGCAAAACAUUUGAAAGUCAUUGAAUACUUAUUACCCAAGCUAUAUACUCAUGCUCUGAGACUGGCCUCAGUGGGUGGUUCCCUAAAAUCUAUGUUCCUGAUAAAAGAAACAUGAUUUUGUAAGUUUCAAUCAGGCUACUGAGUUUCACUACCUCCUAUGACUCACACUGUGUUGUGCAUGGUUGAUUUCUGUUAUACGGACAAACCGCCGUUUGCAAAGAAAAGAAUACCAGACAUAAUAAUGGCAGUAAGAAAGAGAACCUUGGAAGCAAAGGAGUCUGUAAUUCUUUUUACAUUAAUUUUAGUCCAAGUCUUUGACUACUCCAGGACAUGUAAUUGUGAUAAGCCAUAUUUUUGCAACUGUUCAUCAAAUCAUCUCCAACAGGUCCCAAAAGUCCCAGUGAAUGUUCUUGACCUUGACCUGUCAUUCAAUCAAAUUGAGUCUAUUGGCAUUAAUGAUCUCUACCCAUAUAGUGACCUGAAAAGCCUAAAUUUGCAUAAGAACAAGCUCAGGUUUAUACACAAGGAGGCUUUCAGAUCUCAGCAUAAGCUGGAAGUCCUUGAUAUGUCCUUAAACAACCUGAAAAAUCUUUCCUCGUCUUGGUUCCAAGAGCUAAACUCUCUUCAGCAACUGAACCUUGUAGGAAACCCAUAUACCACAUUGGGACCUGCUCCUGUUUUCCAGUCACUCCUUAACCUAAGGACACUACGAUUCGGUAGCCCUUCACUUAAGGAAGUAUACAAGAAUGGCUUAGAUGGGCUCACUCAUCUGGAUGAGAUGACAUUCAUUGCCAGUAACCUGAGGUCAUAUGAGAACGGGAGCUUAAAAGCAGCCCGCCCCAUCGGUUUAGUCUCUUUGAGCCUUCAGAGUCUAUUUGAGAAUGAUCCAGAAAUAGUCUCAAAGGUUCUUCAAGACGUCUCACACCCUAAAACUCUGCUGACUAUCAAAGAUGUUGUACUCAGAACGAACACUUCCACAGAAACCUUUAAAGCGGUGAAAGACGGUGGGACUGAAAGCUUGAGUUUUCAAAACUGCACCACAACGGAUGAAGCAAUGACCUCUUUAUUUAUGGUUAUGGAUGGUUCUUCUUUGUCUUACAUUGGUCUGGAAGAUGUACAUUUGAUUGGUCAAGGGUUUUGGCAGAAAGCUUCGUACACACAUUAUGAAAACUUGCAUACUGCAUACAUACGUAAUCUCGACAUCCAAGGGUUCUUUAAGUUCAGUAGCAUGAAGGAGUUGGGAUUUCUGCUGGUGAAUCUCCACAAGGUGUCUGUGAUCAAUGGCACGGUGUUUGUAAUUCCUCCCAUAACUACUUUCCUGUUGAAAAAACUUGAAUAUUUGGACCUUAGUCAGAACCUCCUUUCGGACCUGACAAUUGCACCGACGUUAUCUACGAGUUUUGGUGCAUAUCAAAACCUCGUCACUCUUAACGUGAGCCAAAAUGUUUUAAAAUCUCUUGGGCUGAUGUCUCAGUUGGCCACUAACCUUAAGAGCCUCACGUAUUUAGACAUAAGCCAUAAUAGCUUUGUUUCCAUGCCAGAAAAAUGCAGCUGGCCAGCGACACUCAGAUUUUUAAACCUUUCCAGCACAAAGCUACGUAAGAUGACCCCUUGCCUGCCUUCUAGCUUGACGGUCCUGGAUCUCAGUGAAAACGAUCUGAUGGUGUUCAACCAAAGAUUUCCCCAACUUAUUACACUUAUACUAACAGGCAACCGAUUUAUUAAACUCCCACAGGGGGAAUUAUUUCCCAGGCUGCAGACGCUGCUUAUCCAAAGGAACGCCUUGCGGAUGUUUAACAGGACUGAUUUGAUUCGAUUCAAAAACCUAGAAACUUUGGAAGCGGGUGAUAACAAUUUUGUGUGCUCCUGCGAGUUUGUAUCCUUCUUCAAACAGGAUGUUGACCAUUUCAUCACACUAAGGGAUGGUCGUCGCCAUUACAUGUGCGACACUCCAUUCACUCUCAGAGGUGAUGCUAUUGACGAUGUCAGAUUGUCCGUUUUCGAGUGUUAUAUGAUCCCUGCCGUCUCAGUGCUUUGCUCUGUGAUUAUCAUAGCGCUUGGACUUAUUGCUGUCACCUGCCAUAAGCUUCACGUUAUAUGGUAUCUGCAGAUGACUAAAGCAUGGAUACAAGCCAAAAGAAAACCUGCAGUUGGUCGACUGGCCGAAGAGCUCCGCUAUGAUGCUUUUGUAUCUUACAGUCAACACGACGCUGAGUGGGUCGAGGAAAUCCUUGUUCCUGAGCUAGAGAGCGCUCAUCCCCCGUUUGCCCUGUGUUUGCACAAGCGGGACUUCCAGCCGGGCCGCUGGAUUGUGGACAACAUCAUCGACUCGAUCGAGAAGAGCCAUCGGACUCUCUUUGUUCUGUCUGAGCACUUUGUUACCAGCGAAUGGUGCCGUUACGAGCUGGACUUCUCACAUUUCCGCAUAGUCGAUGAACACAAUGACUCCGCUGUUCUGGUACUUCUAGAACCAAUCAAGAAGGAGACCAUUCCCAAGCGUUUCUGCAAGCUGAGGAAGAUUAUGAACUCCAGGACGUAUCUGGAGUGGCCUGAAGAGGAGGAAAAGAGAAGCGAGUUCUGGAGCAAUCUGAGAGCCGCCCUGAAAACAGAUGAAUUUUAAAGGCUUGCCAUAUACCAUGUAUCAUUUCAUUGUUAACUGAAAGCAAAACUGAAAAUCUAAAAAUAAAAGCUACUUCAAAAUAUUAAUAAAUACUAUAUAUAAUUAACAAAAGUAAAAAUGUAUUUUAACAUUUGCAAAGUUUAAAACCUUCCAAAACCUUCAAAUCCAUUAAAAGAGACAAUGUGCCUGAUUUUACUUUAUACAUAGGCCCAUUCUUACUUUACGGACUAUUUCACAUUUUGUGUUCAGAGCGCUAACAGCACUGUGAAUGCACAUAGGUACAAUACUAGCGUGACAAAUAUGUUUCUCAUUAGAAUGUGUUCGUGUAAUGUGAGAUGUAACAAUGAGAUGUUAUCUGUCAUGUUAUUUAGUAGUGCAGUGACCGACUGUUUAUCACCUAUAAGCAAAUAACAUUAGAUUAAGUCAAAUGCCAAUGUACAGUAUGUGUCAAUAGCAGCAAUGAACUGUUAUAAAAUCAAAUCACAAACAAUUUUACUCUUCUGUUGACUUUCGUUCCUUCGUAUCCUAUUAUUUCAGAUUUAUUCUCUCGUUUUUAGCAUGUUUUCUGUAGAUACUGUAGACUUCUCACUUUUUAACGGAGCCUUGAGGUCUAUUUUGAUAGUCUUGAACCGUUUUUAGAUCUCUUUUUCCAGAAAUCACAUGAUACUGACAACGUUUAAGUAGUGUUUUGUGACUCUGGCGCCAUCUGUUGGAUAUUUUUUAGAUUUUUCGUUGAAGAUGAAUUUUGCUUACAGUAGGAAGCAUGUAAGCUCAUAUCUGAUCAGUGAAAGUAGUUGCGAGGAAAUGAAGGCCACAUCAGAGCUGUUGUUGUUUUUCACCUGUUAUUCUCAUACUGAUUGUACUCAUAAUGAAACCAAGCAUGUCAUUUUGUGCAAUGAUUUGACAGCGACUGUAUUAAAUGCUUUUUUUGCGAUUCAAAGAAAAUGGUUUUGGUACAGUGCUGAUUGGUGAGGGUCAUGCAUGCGCGUUUUAGUAAUGUAAUCACAGACUGAGUCCUUACAAAUAACCUCCCUGGUGACCCACCGGAGCAUUCAUCACAAGGUAAUUAGUGACCAUACUGCUUUUUAUUUCUUGGCUCCUGAAGUACUUUCUACAGACGGAAAUCAAAAUCAGUGUAUCUCAGAGUAAGAUAACAUUUAACAGUGAUCACAUCCGUCAGGCUGGAUGAUGUGAGGACAAACCUCAGUGAUGAGAUCUUUUGUGUUUGUUUGUAAACUCAAAUGUCUUUUAUUAGCCCUUGGUCAGCAUCUGCUCUUAAGCUGCAUCAAGACAGUAAGGGAUGUACAAUACAUACACAGAAUAUGACGUGAGAAUAUAGAUUAGUCCUCUGGAUAUAUUAAAUAUCUCUCUAUGGGUCAAUUUCUGGAUGCAGGUCAGUGUCUGCUAAAUGGCAGAAUUAA